AUGACUCCCACCUUCACACAUGAAUUCAACACUCCUGUCUACAAAGGCAAAAGUUUGUUCAGUACCGGCCUGUAUAUCAACGGUAAGUUCGUCGAAGGCUCAGAUGGUACUACGAUCGACGUUAUCAAUCCUACUACGGGAAAGAUUACUACUAAAGUAGCCGAAGCUACAUCUAAAGAUGUCGAUAUCGCUGUAGAUGCAGCCCAGAAGGCGUUCGAUACCACAUGGGGGCUCAACGUGGGAGGCGCCGGACGCGCUAAAAUGUUGGGCAAACUUGCUCAGCUCAUGGAGGAACAUCAGCAGGAACUUUCUGCCCUCGAAUCACUGAACAACGGAAAAACUUUCAGCUGGGCGAUGAAUGCUGACAUCCCCAUCGCUAUUGAAACAAUCCGCUAUUACGCCGGCUGGGCUGACAAAAUUCACGGCCAAGUUCAGGAGACGGACGAGAAGAAACUCACGUAUAGCCGUCACGAACCGAUUGGGGUUGUGGGUCAAAUCAUUCCAUGGAACUUCCCUCUAGUAAUGAUGACUUGGAAAAUUGGACCUGCUCUUGCCACGGGGAAUUGUAUUGUAAUGAAGCCUUCUGAAUUUACUCCCCUAACUGCUCUGCGAAUGUGUGAGCUUAUCCAAGAAGCCGGAUUCCCACCUGGGGUCUUCAAUCUCCUCACUGGAUACGGGAGCACUGUCGGAGCGGCAAUUGCUAGUCAUAUGAAAAUUGAGAAGAUCGCUUUCACCGGGAGCACAUUGGUCGGUCGGAAGGUUAUGGAAGCUGCUGCGAAGAGUAAUUUGAAGAAUGUUACACUCGAGCUUGGAGGCAAAAACGCCAACAUCAUAUGUAAUGAUGCGGACCUUGACCAAGCCGUCAGUUGGGCAGUUCACGGCAGCUACUGGAACCACGGGCAAGCCUGCACUGCUGGUUCUCGUAUCUUCGUUCAGUCCGGAAUCUACGACGAGUUUCUUGCCAAGUUCACCGAGAAGAGUCGGGCAUUAAAGGCCAGUAAAAUUUGGGACACAUAUGGUCCCGACUCUUACCAGGGUCCUCAAGUCUCGAAAAAUCAGUUUGAUCGUAUUAUGGGCUUUAUUCAAUCCGGGAAAGAUCAAGGUGCUACCGUUGUUCUAGGUGGUGACCGUAACGGCACAGAGGGAUAUUUUAUCAACCCCACUAUCUUUACGGACACCACACCUGAUAUGAAGAUUGUCCAAGAAGAGAUCUUCGGUCCAGUCGGUGUUGUCAUUAAAUUCGAGGAUGAGGAAGAUGUUGUUCAACAAGCCAAUGACUCUGUGUUUGGCUUAGCCGCCGCUGUGUUUAGCCAGAAUAUCACCCGUGCCCUUACAAUCGCUCACCGAUUAAAGGCUGGAACUGCCUGGGUCAACUGCGUGAACCAAAUACAUCCCAACGUUCCCUUUGGUGGAUUCAAACAGUCUGGUAUUGGUCGGGAACUUGGCGAGUAUGCCCUUGCCAAUUACACUGCUGUCAAGGCUGUUCAAGUUAACCUUGGAUAUGUUAUGUAA